CAGCAGCAGCAGCAGCAGCAGCAACAGCAGCAGCAGCAGCAGCAGCAGCAGCAGCAGCAACAGCAGGCAACAGCAGCAGCAGCAACAGCAACAGCAGCAACAGCAGCAGCAGCAGCAACAAGAGUACCAGCAACAACAGACACAGGCAGCAGUUUGUAUAACUCGUAUCAACAUCAAGGAAACGUUAUUGGAUGUAUUAGCCUCAACGUCAAGAAAUAA